GAGGGUGACUUCUUUUUUCAGGGUGACACCGCAGACAAAUUUCUGACAGUUUGUCCUCAACACAACGAAUAUCUAUCCAAUCGCGCUACAAAUUGGUUGAAGCCUACGUUCAAGUGCCGGACGACCAGUCAAGCGACUCUUCCAUGAGUUCCAAACAACUUCACCAUAUAACGGACAUUACAGACAACGGAGAAGUGGAAGCCAGAUGUUCGCAAAGGCUCCAAAAUAACCCUUUAGUCCCUCCAUCAGACGGCUCAUGUCCCAUCAAUCAACUUCCACCCGAAAUUUUGUCUCUCAUUUUUGAACAUGGGACUGCGGCGGAAAACCUCGAAGAAACAAAUGAGGAAGGGUCUGUGACUUGGAGCGAGUUUCAGGAGCGCCGAGGUGAGGAUAAAGAAGAGGAAGGUUCUGGCGAUCAAAAGGGUCAAGUCCAGGAAGAGAAAGACGAACACGAAUCUGAUGAAGAGGGAUCCGACUCAGACUGCGAAUGCUGUGACGAUGAUAGCGAACUGUCCAGCGACUCGGAGAUUUUUUUGCCUUUCCGAUUUGCUGUCUCCCAAGUAUGCAGACACUGGCGUACCGUUGCGCUAGAAACCCCCUCGCUCUGGACAAAGAUUGAAAUCUCGUGUAUGGACCAGUCUCCUUACGAGAAAGUGACUGCCUUCUUGGAGCGUAGCAAAAGUCUUCCACUGGACAUUUACAUCGAUUCUGAGCCCCCGGAUGACCUCUCGGACGAUGAAGAUGUACCAGAAGAGCUCUCUAAAGUUGACCUCGACAGGCUCCUUGCUCUCUUGGUUCCCCACGUUCCUAGAUGGGGUUCAUUAGAAGUCCAUGUUGGAUCUUAUGAGCACAUGUACACAAUCCUGAAGGCAGUCUCGGAUCCAUCCGUUCCUCCCGCUGCUCAACUCCGGGAUCUCCAGUUAUACCAUCACGAAGAAUCCGAUGACGAUGACACUACGUUUUCCAAACCGGAAUACUCUGAUCACUUUACGCUUUUCAGCGGUUCUGCGCCGCAAAUCCGAAGCAUCAGUCUAUGGGGUGUACACGUCGACUGGACUCAAAGUUGGCUUCGGUCUCCUCACCUGGUCGAACUCGAACUUGCUUAUCAUACGCAAGAUGUUCGCGCUCAUUGGUCUACCUUUUCUGCUAUGUUGCGUGCCGCAGCACCCACGCUCGAGAAGCUGUGUUUCGAACAGUCGGGUCCUUCUGGGUCUCCUGGUGAAUGGACUAUUGAACCGGGUACCCCGGAAUGGAGCAUCGACGUGAAUAAUCCGAUUUUACUUCCUAAACUGAUCCAACUCGAGCUCGCGUUUAUCCCGCCCUUUGAAGUCGUUUCGCUCUUGCGGAAAUUAUGUAUGCCCUCGCUCAAGGGCCUCGCUCUCGACUUUGAUGACGAGGACUAUACCGAUCUCGUCACGUACUUAGUUGGACCUACGACUACCGCCGCUACCACGGCCAUAGCUUCCACCUCCUCAUGCAAGGAACCACCCAGUCUGCUUAGAGGCCUCGAGUCUUUGAAAAUCGCUGGUUUACCAUGCAACGAGCAAAGCAUAGAACAGAUGUACAGCGAGCUUGUGAACCUCGAGUCACUCAACCUAUCCAUGUACCAUCUUUCUUCUCCAUUCUUCGGAAACCUCUACCCGCAACCACCGCUGAAGUUGGAGGAGAGUGGAGUCCCUGAUACCACCGUGUCCUACCGUGUCCUCCUUCCCCGUUUGACGACACUCUUUAUUUCCAAUGUCCCCGGUCACGUCGUUCGACAUUUUGUGCAUGAGCGACAACGGGUUGGUGCACCCUUGCGGAUGGUGUUUGUAGAUCAGAACACAAUUGUUACCCCCGAAGAAGAAAGCUGGUUAAAGAAGAAUUUGGAGAAGUUUGACUAUUUUGAAGGGAGCGACGAUGAAGAUUCAGAUGACGAGGAGUCCCUCGGUCCGUCCUGUGUGUGGGAUUCAUGCGAGGAUUGGGAUGCGGAAAACGAUUCAUUUGAAUCGGGUUCAGAGUGAAGUGAUUUUUUCCGUAUUUCUUUGUAUGGAGAGGAUGGACUGAUAUGUUUCAUCAGAGUCAUGGAAGGGUGUAACACAGAGUGGGUAGAAAUGUGUAUUCAGCGAAUAGAGUAUAAAGUUUAGUUAUCUUCGGAGUCCCCCAUCACCAUCGGACACAACGAUGGGAGUCGU